AUGGUGCAACGAGAAGUAUUUACUUUUGAGCCCAUUUCCAAGCGGCGUUUGGAAACUCUGAUGGCCGAUCCGUUCUUUAAGGAAGCAUAUCGAAGGUGGGGACUUCAACACCGCACAAAAAUUAGUGCCUUCCGCUUUGAACGAGACACCACAGGCACCAACAGUGGUACCGUUGGAACUGUCGUUUCCGGCCAUUUUCGCUUUUUCGGGUUUCAUAAGGGUUUGUUGCAGGAGUUUCUGGCCUCCCUCUUCGAUGCGCCAGAAGUGCGAGAGAAACUUCAGUUGCGUGGUGAACCCAAAGGAACCUCGUCGAGUGGAGGUGGUGUGGAGUACUGCGAGUUACAAUGCCGCUGGACUACGUUAGAACCGUUCAAGCGGCUCAUAGAUGCUGGAAUUGUGCGCUGCGUCGAAGACGAAGACAAAGGCGAUGAAGCCAAAGGAACUGUUAUGGUUAGCGAAUUUGAAACACCCUUGUUUGAUGGUGUCCGUAUGCCCAUCGUCAAGCGCGCCGACGUUUAUCUGCCGCACGAUAUUGUCGUGUGCGACGAGUUGCGCGCUCUCUUCCUGCUCGCCCACAAUAAAUUCGCCUCUGUAGGCUGUGAGUAUGACGAAGACGAUGACUACAUGGGAAGUGGAGCAUUCACUUUUGGCUCUUGUGCCGGCCUCUCAUUAGCGGUACUUCGCACCGUGUUCGGGGAUGUGAAUGAACGAGCAGAGUUUCUUUACCAUAUUCUCUGGCGCCUAGUUGCUGGUGGCGGUACCACAAACCAGUGGGACGAUGAGUUGACGGUGUACUUGGAGGCCACGCGGAUGCUCUACAAGGCUCUUGUAUCCAUUCGCGCCGUUCCUACCGCAGCAGCAGCAGGUGCUGCUGCGACAAAUGGGGCAGAUGAACCCGAUCGUGUUGUGGAAAUGAAGGACACACCCCACCAAUCACUGCAACCAGAUGUCGUGUCCACUGUCGUCUCCGUGCACGCAGUUGCCGGACUUCACCUGUUUGACAGAGACGACGGAGCAUCUCCAAAUAACUUGAACUACUGUUAUGUCUGCAUCGACCCGUUGCUAGGAGAAGUUGUUGUGUGGUAUCACAGUUUUUGA